UUGACGUCAAUGAUCGAAUAUCGGAUUUUUCCCGUGUUAUGGAGAUCAUGCUAUUAAUAGAGGUGUGGCUGCUUGUACGCUUCUAUUUCUCUCAUACGUUGAGCUAAGCGGUGCAGAACGUUUCACAUGUCCAGAGUGUGGGUGUUCACAUGAACAUCGGUCCAUCGCUCACGUUUUACCUCAGUCUUGGAUGCAGUGCUAAUGGAGAUGUUGUUACGAGAUUUGUCUUUCAGUAAAAGAUAAAAGUGACAAAUAUUUACACCGACGAUAAAAAUUAAACUUUCUUUUCACCUACAACAAUGUCUUCGUGUUUGAUACAGAAUAAUUUGAAGGACGUAACAUCUCAAACAAUGAGUUUAAAAUGGAUUCAAGAGAAUCUAGAGGCACCUACGUGUGACGAGGAAUGUAGUGAUAUCGAUGACAGUGGAACUGAUAAUAGUUACGAUUCCGAUCUAUCUGAAACUAAAAACGAUCAUGAAGAGGUUGCUGAUGGACGUCGAAAGAAACGUGAGACUACUAGACAUUCAACCACAACGGUGACCUUUGAUGAGAACGGUUCGCCUGUCUACACAACGAACGAGUUAAAAACAACAUCAUGUGAAUUAUGGGAUCCUAGAAAAAGCAUUCAAAACCCAGCAUACCAAUGUCGGUUAAUCAAAUUCCUCUGUCGAACUGGAUAUCAUUUAUCUAUUUCUCCAGUUGGACGAGUACGUGGUCAAAUCAAUGUCAAUGAUCAAAUAGCUCUUUUUAGGGUAAUUCCAGUUUCUUACGGAGUAAUUAAAAUACAAAAUCCAGAAACAGGGCAUUACUUGGCGUUCAAUAAAAAAGGUCAUUUGUAUGGAGAGUUGAAAGAGAGUAAGGACAAUAUAGAAUGGGAGCAGUGGAGUAUUGGAUCAUACGAGGCCUUUAGAUCUAGAAAAUAUGCAGUGGAAGGAUGGUGGAUUGGAAUUAAGAAGAAUGGACGUCCUAAAGCUGGACCUAAAACAGCUUGGGGACAGAAGGCUAUUCAGUUUUCAGUUGUAGGAUUUGACACUGAAUAGAUUCAUUUAUCCGUUUUUAAAAUAUAAAAAGAAUAAUUAUUGAUGUAAGAUUGUGAAUGAAAAAAAAAAAAGAUUUUAGAGCUUAGAAUUUAUUGUUAAUCUGUUUUUUUUUUUCAACAGUAAAAUUAUU